GAAUUUCCGAAUUCGUCAGUAGGGAGAUCCCCUUGAUGGCAUAAUCUUGCAACCAAAAUGGUGUUUGUUUAUAAAUCUAGAUCUAGAUGUCAAUAAAUAAACAAAGUUUAAACAGGACAUAGAAUAUUUAUUAUAAUUUAACUAUCUCAAAAAGAUGUCUCAAACGCUGAAAAGAAAACUUCGACCUGCUUGUAUUAACAUUAAUCAAGUUGAAGAUGAAAGUACUUCAAAAAAUUGCCAAAUACACUAUACUUUAAAAUUGGCUGACCUUUAUGAAGUCAAAACAAGCAUUAAAGGCAGUGCCAGUACUUGUUUAAACAGCAUUGUCACCAUAAUCCGAUCUUCAGAUUCUGGAACAGAAGUGAAAGUUUUGUUUCGAAUACCCAAUAAAAAAACUUUGUUUGUCAAUUUCAAUUUUCCUGCAGUGAAACUUAAUGAGCUGAAUUUUCUGGACUUGCAAAUACUUGCUGAUAUUCAAGGGUCCAUAGAAAUAGCCUUUUGUAACAAAUUCAUAACAAGACAGAUUGAUGUCCCAUCAUCUGACUCUACAACACAUGUUGCUGUCAUGUUUGUUAUUGAUAUUCAGAAAGAAAUGGUGAAAGGGAUAAAACCAGUAGAGCAAAAAAUCAAGUACUUCUAUGCCUCAGGUUUGUUGAAUGAGCAACUACAAAAGUCUUUGACUGAACAGCUCUGCUUGCCAAGUGUAAAUGAGAGUCUGAUGUCACCAACAAUAAAUAUUCCUCGUCACCCCUUGGCCUUGAUUGCACAGAAUAACAGCAGUAGUCUUGUCCCAUAUUCUGAACACAGACCAUCUAUAGUAACAUUACAUUAUGAAUUGUUGUUGGAUGAUCACUAUACUGCUAAAACUAAAUGCCAAUUUGACUGCUCAUCCGAGGAAGCUGUGAUGUCUGUGAUAACCUGUCUUGAGGCUAGCUCUUCAGAAACUGUGGUGGAAGUGUUUUUCAUUAAAAAAGACAACCAAGUGUCUUUUGUUCGAUAUGUUUUCCAUGAAUUAAAAACAAAGGAUUUAAAACAAUUGAACUUUAAUCUUUCACAUACAUCAUUGGCAGGAGAAAAAACAUUUCAAAAACAUUUUCUGUUACCCAGAACAAUGUAUACGAGAAACAUAAAGAUGGCGCUAGCAUUUCCCCUUAAUAAUCCCAAUGACAUGGAGCCAAAAGUAGUUUACAUUUAUUUAAAAGAUGUUAAAAAUUUGCAAGACACUGCGGAGGAGUGUUCACCUGAAAGUUCAAAUUCAGACCAUGAGCAAAGUAACUCUACUCAGUUUAAUCAACAGAAUGAAAUUCAUAAAGAAAAUAGCGCUGUUGGAGAACACUGUCAAGACAAUUUAGAGUACAAAGCAAAAGAAACCAAACUACCAUUGCAUUCCCCCAAAGAAGUCAAGCCAACUUCACAAGAUCACUUCAGUUUUAAUUUUUUGAUUGAAAAACCAAAUGACAGUAGCUCAACAGAGCCUGAAACCAUGAGUGACCUUAAAAAAAUGGGAGAAACUCUUUGCAAAACUAUAAUUAAAACAAUGAAAGAAAAUUUCAAUUUGGAUUUAUUUAACAUAUCCACAAUGGGCUCCACGACUACUACUAAACAGAUAAUUGAUCCUAAAGUGACAGUGAACAUGUUUCAAAUUAACAACAACAUUUCCUGCUCUAUUGAUAAAGUGAAAAACGCUGUUGUUGGAGGGGGCAACUUAUACUGCAGCAUGGUCAGUGAAAACUCUUGCAGUAACUCCCAUCCUGCUAUGGAUCAAUGAAAUUUUUACAAUUUGUAUAAAAAAUUAUUUAUAAUUUUGUUUAUUAUAUGUAUAUAUGUAAUUUAUAAAACAAUAAAUAAUUUAUUUUUUUUGA